AUGUCCAUGAGCGGCCUUGUACCAGGUGAAAUAGCUAGCAUGGUGGUGGUGCUGAACGGCGUGUUGGCCGACGAGUGCCCGACCUCUGUGAGGGCUCUACUGGCCGCCCACCCGGGCUAUAGGGACGCGGCGGCCCAGCUGCUGGCGGCGGCGCCCCGCGUCGUCGGCCCCCAGGGCCUGUUGUACGUGGCGCAGAGGGAACUCGCCGCCGCCGUACCGCACGACAUGUCGUUCCACCGUCUGUCCGAGGAGAUCGACCUCACGCUGGCCUGCUGCUGCGAGCUGAACACGGCGCUCGGCGGGGGCUCCCCCGCGCCGCUGGUCACCGGCGUGGGCGUGGACGUGCGCGCCGGCGACCUCUUCCCGGCGGCCUUCCCCGACAAGGGGCCCGAGCUGCCGCUGCGCGCCGCCCGCACCAUCACCGGCGGGCCCAACUCGGCGCAGAUCCGGGUAACCCUGAAAUUCAUCCAGCAACACCCGUUCCCGGCGGUGACGGUAUUCCCGGAUAACCGGUCGCACUACUACCGGCGCGACGAGCAGACUGGCUGUUGGGUGCCAAUGCGCUUC